CUGGUCAUGUAAAGAGACUGCUGUGCAGGCUAAUAGCAUUUUGCAGGCACUGGGAGACCCUGGGAGAGGCUGGGAGAGUGACGGCACGCCAGUGUCCGUCACCACCUACCUCCAGGGGGGCAUCAUGAGACUGUGUGUGUACCUGCUGAAGAACACCAUUCCCAAUCAGAUCGAAUACUACUCCAAGUUCUCCCCCUCCCCGCUGUCCAUCAAGCAGUUCCUGGAUUUCGGACGCAAUAAUGCCUGUGAGAAAACCUCUUAUCUCUUUUUACGGAAAGAACUCCCAGUUCGGUUGGCAAACACACUUAAGGAAGUUAACUUGCUGCCGGAAAACUUGCUCCAGAGGCCAUCAGUAAAAUUAGUACGGUCCUGGUAUAUGCAGAGUUUUCUAGAACUUUUGGAGUAUGAGCAUAAGAGUCCUGACGACCCUGAUGUCCUAAAUAACUUUUUAAAUAUUCUCAUUCAAGUGAGAAAUAGACACAAUGAUGUGGUUCCCACCAUGGCCCAAGGGGUGAUUGAAUACAAAGAGAAAUACGGAUUUGACCCCUUUGUCAGCAGUAAUAUCCAGUAUUUCCUGGACAGGUUCUACACAAAUAGAAUCUCAUUCCGAAUGCUCAUUAAUCAGCACACUCUUCUGUUUGGGGGGGACAUAAAUCCUGCACAUCCAAAACAUAUUGGCAGCAUUGAUCCCUCCUGCAAUGUUCCAGAGGUAGUGAAAGAUGCCUAUGAAACGGCAAAAAUGCUGUGUGAGCAAUACUACUUGGCAGCACCUGAUCUCAAAAUUGAAGAGUUCAAUGCUAAAGCUCCUGGUAGACCACUGCAGGUGGUGUAUGUGCCCUCGCACUUGUUUCAUAUGCUGUUUGAAUUAUUUAAGAAUUCAAUGAGAGCCACUGUGGAGCAGCACGAAGGCAGUACAGGGGCCCUGCCACCUAUAAAGAUAUUAGUCACACUUGGGAAAGAAGAUCUGUCUAUAAAGAUCAGUGACCAAGGUGGUGGAGUGCCAUUGAGGAAAAUAGAUCGCUUGUUCAAUUACAUGUAUUCCACAGCACCUAGACCCAGUUACGAGCCAAGCAGAGCAGUUCCAUUGGCUGGUUUUGGGUAUGGCUUGCCCAUCUCUCGACUCUAUGCUCGCUAUUUCCAGGGAGACCUUAAACUCUAUUCUAUGGAAGGUGUCGGGACAGAUGCGGUUAUCUACCUUAAGGCUGUUUCUGGUGACUCAUUUGAGAGACUGCCGGUGUUUAACAAGUCAGCAUGGCGACACUACAAAAAUGCUGCAGAAGCCGAUGACUGGAGCAACCCAAGCAAAGAGCCGCGGGAUGCUUCAAAGUACAAGGCAAAUUAAUAGGCAAUCUUUGGGAUUGGCAUUUGUAUUGCUCAUAGAAGUGGGCAGUGUCUGGUGUUGCUAAAUCACUGUAAUAUUAAUGGGGAAUACUCUUAGGGCUUGAGUCUACGACUAUCAAUGGUCUCCCUGGUACAACAAGAAGGCCAGUACUUUGCUGUUCAUGUUGCAUGAUCUGCAAGACGAUUGACACUUGGUUCAAUUAAACCAGAAAUAAGGGUUUGCACUGCUGUUUCUGUAUCUAUGUAGCUAAAAGGAUAACUGUUCUUAUUAUUAGAUUAUUUUUCUGAUAAGUGACAUUAAAGGAGUGUUCUCACCUCGUUAAACCAGGGCUCCUGCCCCUUCCAGACAGUUUACAGCCACCGGAGGUAGUCAGAAAGCUGACAGCAGCCGAAGCAGGGAAGUUACACAAUUUGUGAUAUUCCUGUUAACUUUAAAGGGAGUUGCGCAAACAGCAUAGCCUUGCGAGCUACACUGCUUAUUUAACUCACAAAGCUACUUAACCAACAUAGCUUGUGUGGCUAAGCCAUUUGCUCAACUCCCAUGAAUGUCAAUGGGAGUAAUGCAAAUUCCAUAACCCACCUCGGCUGUUUUCGGCUUGCUGACCACCUCAGGAGGAAGCAAACAGACCAGUUGGAGCCAGGGUUAUCCUCUUUAGGUUAAUAUUUGUCAGGAUUGACACCAAAAGUUGUUGAGAUUAUAUUUAUUGGCCUAUUGCCUAUGCAAUAAUAUUUUAGAAACCAGUGCAGAUAUCAAGGAACAAUAGUGAAUAUCACUAAACAGAAUAUGGCUAUCUGCUAUGAAUCUGCUAUGUUGCUAUUAUAAGAUAUAUAUAUUAUAAACUUGUAUAUAGUAGUUGUUUUGGUAUUGACCCAUUCUGAGUGGUCUUCUGAUCACCGACAUUAGGGUGGCUUUAGCACUAGUAAAAAGUAUACCACUUUAGUGGACAAUGCUCUAUUUGAGUCUGAAAUGUCACUAUUUUUAUUGCAUGUAAUUUAAAUAGGAAUAUUGUUUUGAGAAAUAUUUGAAGAUUUACCCGGUGUGAACCUGUGGUAACAGGCAUUUUUAAACAAUGACCUUACUAUGUUAUAGGCAGUUAUAUUCUUCAUUUAGUGUUUUAUGUGUGUGUUUUAGCUGAAAAAUGCAACCAUUUGCUUGCAUACAGUAGUGCUGUGGGGCAAUACGCAAUGAAUAACGGGUAGAAUGGUGCAUUGUAGUUAAGAGUCUGCUAUACAAGUGAAUGACAUUUCAUUCUGUUUUCUCUUAGAGAAUUUUCUUGUAUGUUCCAAACACUUCAUACCAAAGCAAAAUAUUAUAUAUAACCUCAAUUACAUAGGAUACACUGUCUUAUAUGAUAAGCUGAAAAUGUAUGUAGACAUGUCCACAGUCUGCGACACUGCCUUUUUCCACAUCACGCCUUUCCCAUACAGUCAUGACAACAUAUAAGCUGCCCCUUUGUCCUGGCCUGGCAUCUACAUGAUAAUUUAAAGAGGAUUUGUCGUUAAAUAUUCUAGGGUGCUUUUUACAGUUUCUUGAAAUGCCCUUCCGUUCCCUCGAUAUAGGGUUUAUAAUUUGACAAUUCAGGGAAUUGGUCACAUGGGCAUGAACUUCAUUGUAAUAAUGGGAGUGAAUAUGAGGAGAUGGGUGGGGUUAUACAUACUCCCAUUGUUAAAAUGUAGUUCAAAACCAUCAUAUCUCAGGAACGGGGGUUUAUCAAGAAUUUGUAGAUAGGUGUGUGAUCAGGUCACCCUAAAAUAUUUAAUGAUAAUGCCAUCAUAUUUUUUGGGUUGGCCCUCUUUAAAUAAAUAAACAUUAUAAGUGUGUAUUUAGGCAAAGCAUGUAAGUCUAGUGCAAUGCCAGAACCAGGAGUUUUUGUGCCACACACUUCUUCCAUACCAGAUAUAAUACAAAGUACCUUAUUUUUCGCCGUAUAAUGCACACUUUUUCUUCCCCAAAAUUGGGGGGGAAAAGUUGGUGCGUCUUAUAUGGCGAAUACACCCCUAUCGCGGCGGUCCCUGCGGCCAUCAACGGUCGGGACCCGCGGCUAAUACAGGACAUCACCGAUCACAGUGAUGCCCUGUAUUAACCCUUCAGACACGGCGAUCAAAGCUGACCGCCGUGUCUGAAGGGAAAGUGACACUAACCCGGCUGUUCAGUCAAGCUGUUCGGGACCGCCGCGAUUUUACCGCGGCGGUCCCGAACAGCCCGACUGAAUAGCCGGGUUAGUGCUUACAGGACACCGGGAGGGACCUUACCUGCCUCCUCUAUGUCUGCUCCAUGCCGGGAUCCCCUGUAUGGCCGGCGCUCUCCUUCCUCGUCAUCACGUCGUCGCACACAUGCCUCGGCGUGCGUAACGACGUGAUGGCGGCGACGGAGAGCAAGGAUACCCGGCCGGCAGCAUAGACGUUCCGGAGCGACGGGGACACGGCGACAGCGAUGGAGCGAUAUCCAGGGCAGCGGUGACGGGUCCGGAGCGGCGGGGACACGUGAGUAUUACCUCCUAUCCAGUGGUCUUCAACCUGCGGACCUCCAGAUGUUGCAAAACUACAACUCCCAGCAUGCCCGGACAGCCAAGGCAUGCUGGGAGUUGUAGUUUUGCAACAUCUGGAGGUCUGCAGGUUGAAGACCACUAUUGAGUUCAGAAUCUUUAUUUUUUUUAGAUUUUGCACCUAUAAAUUGGGUGCAUCUUAUACGCCGGUGCGUCCUAUAGGGCGAAAAAUACGGUAGUUGUUUUGCGUAGUGUUUUUCUUUAAAGGGAAUAUGUUAUCAUAAAAUUACCUGUUGUCUAAAUCCCAAUUUUAUGUUAAACAUUUUUUAUGCAUUUUUGAUUAUUAUUUCUGGUAUUGUCUAUUUCAUUGGCUCAAAUUUAUCAUUGUCGCUGUAAAUCAAGUUCCUUUUACUCCAUUUUUCCUGGCUGUUUGAACCACACACACCCCCUUCCCCCCACACACACAAUUUUCAAAAAGGUGCACGCUUUUCAUAGUUAGCAAAGUAGCUUAGAUGUGGUCUGGGCUUGCGUGAGAUUGUGCAAAAAUGUUGGUUGUUGGGCAAAACUUUUGCAACAAUGUAAAAAAAAAAAAAAAGAUGCAGCUGAUAAGUCAUCAGCCACUACAAAAAGCAUUUAAAAGAUUCUAAAUUAUUUGCACAAAUAAUUUGCGACUUUUUGCCCAUAGCACAUGAUUUAAUGACUUAGUGACACCAAAAAAGGGGUAAAGCUAAUAAUAAAUUGUCUCCAUUAUCUUUAUUAUUUGUAAUUUUUUUUUCAAGCUGUCUUACUAUAUGUUGGCACAUUAUGUUGCAUAGAGAUCACUUCUUAAUAGUCGUCACCUUCUGAUCACAGGCAGGAUUACCAUGAGUAUAGCUAAAAGCAGAUAACACAGGGUCCCCUAGUGACAAAAGGUGCUGGUCACCUCCUCUCCCUCCCUUUUACAGGUCACAGAUCUCUUCCAUAGGAUAUGUGCAUAGAGGCAAAAACCUUGCCUAUGUGCAGUGCAGUGCUACAGCUGUCUCUGGGCAGCAGUCAGCAGCGGGUGCUGCAGGAGAGAUUGCGGGGGUCCCCAGUGGGGGGACUCCUGUGAUCAGACAUGAUAGGGGAUAAGAUGUCUAGGGGCAGAGUACCCCUUUAAUAACAGGCUCCCCUCGCUGAUCGUGUAUUUAGGCAUGGGCACGUUUUUUUUCAUGUAUCCUAAGGCUGCAUUCAGACAUCCCAUAGCACUUAUGUUUACUGCUAUGUUUGGCUGAAAAAUCUGCACAAAAAAACUGAAUAUGUGAAUGAAGUCUUAAAAUUCAGUCAAACAAGUUCUUCAAUUAUACUUUCUUGGGAUCUAAUGGUCUACUUCUGGAUUUGGCAAAGAUGAGGCUUUAAACAUUUAAAUGGGUUGUCUGAAGACUAGUUUUAAGGUUUUUAGGUGCAAAUGUGCGCUCAGAUAGGACAUAAAAAAAAAAGUGUCUUACCUCAACCAGUGAAUGGCUUAGUGAGCACUUUCUGGUGUUAAAGGGGUACUCCGCCCCUAAACAUCUUAUCCCCUAUCCAAAGGAUAGGGGGUAAGAAGUCUGAUCGCAGGGAUCCUGCCGCUGAGGACCCCCCAGCAAUCUCCCUGCUGCAUCCAGUGUUCCUUUUGAGUGUUGGGUGCAGCGCCCCCUCCCUUAGAAUUGCAUUUAGGGGGUGUGGCAGUGAUGUCACAAGCGGGGCGUGACCAUGACAUCACGGCCUUCGCCCUGCAUCGCCAGUCAUCCGGCAUGGAGCGAAGUUCGCACCGGAUAUCUGGGGUGCCACAGCCGAGAUUGCGGGGGUCCCCCUUUGGAUAGGGGAUAAGAUGUCUAGGGGCGGAGUACCCCUUUAAGAUUAUAAGUGUGGUGCUGGUUUUUUUUUUUUUUUUUUUUUUUUUUUUUUUUUUAAAUCCCUGCUUGAAUACAUUUGCAUAUAAAACAUAUAACCUCCAGACAACCCCUUUAAGCACCCUGUCCUGUGUGGCCCUAGCCAUAUCCUUUCUUGUCUUUAUGUUCUGUUUUAAAGCUUUUCAACAUUUUAUUUUUAUGUUGUGUUUAGUAGAGGCUUUUAAGAUUGAAAUGCAUCACGAUCUUUUGCAGGACAAUAAAGAAUACAUUAUUUAAAGUUGCAAUCUUUAGAAUAGGCUUUGUUAACAUAACCUCUUCUUUUUCUUCAUCCUAUUGCGAUGUAUGUAAUUCAUUUUUAUCUGAUUUUUAUUGUUAUGGUUCUUUAGCAUUAUGUAUUAUUUAUUCUAAGUGUUUCAAUGAACUUGCUGCUUUUUUUCCUGGAUUAUUUUUUCCUUAAUGGAUUAGUAGAUUCUAUCAUGUUAAAAAAAAGAAGAUUUCUGGAAAAUAAUAAAACUAUUUUUCUAAGAA